AUGGAGAAGCACAUUUUCUUACUGAUUCUUAUCUUUCUAUUUCAAUUUUCUACAUCAAUCGCUUCUUCAAAUGAAACAGACCAAGAAGCUUUACUAGCUUUCCAAAAUCUUGUUACAAGUCCCUCUCCUUUUUUGGCCAAGAACUGGACCAACAAUACUUCUUUUUGCUCUUGGUUUGGUGUCACUUGUAGUCCAAAAAAGCAAAGAGUUGUGGCCUUGACUCUUCCUAAUUUGCAACUUCAAGGCACAAUUUCGCCCUCUUUAGCCAAUUUGUCCUUUCUCAAAGAACUCAAUCUUCGGAACAACUUCUUUAAUGGAAGCAUCCCUUAUGGACUUUGCAACUUGCCCCGCUUGCGAGUGAUUGAUAUUCAACACAAUCAGCUCGAAGGAAGUAUCCCGACAAGUCUAUUUCAAAACCCAAGAGUUCAAAAAGUUUCAUUGGCUUUCAAUAAACUCAGUGGUGAAAUAUGGAAAGGUGCAUGGCAUGUACUCAAACUCAGAGUCUUGGAUCUCUCAAACAAUAAUCUCACAGGUAUAAUCCCUUCUUCUAUUGGAAAUGCCACAAAAUUGAUGAAGCUCGAUUUGUCUGAUAAUAGAAUCAAUGGCAACAUUCCAAAAGAGAUAGGUAAUCUAAGUCAACUUACAGAGUUGUUCUUGAAUGAUAAUCAAUUAACAGGUUCCACUCCUGCAACAUUGUUUAAUAUCUCGUUGCUACUUGUCAUACAUCUGGAAAACAAUAGCCUCUCUGGUCCUCUCUUGCUUGAUGAAGGAAAUUUUUUGUCAAAUCUAAAGUAUCUAAGUAUACAUCAAAAUCAAAUAUCUGGUCACAUUCCUUCCAAUAUUUGCCAACUCACAAAGCUCAAAAGUCUUUCAAUAGGCCUCAAUAACAUAACUGGAGAAAUACCCCGAAAUAUUGGUUGUUUAGCGAAGCUCGAGGAGUUCUAUAUUACAGAUAAUUCCAUAAGUGGAACUAUUCCUGUUUCAUUGGGCAAUAUUUCCUCUCUGCAAGUGCUUAGUUGUUCAAUAAACCAAAUAGAGGGCCAUAUUCCUCUAGAAUUAGGGAAGUUAUCAAGUUUGAGAAAGUUACAUUUUGAGGAAACUCAUGAUCUUAUCGGUCAAAUUCCAAUAGAUAUUUUCAAUAUAUCUACUUUGAAAUUCAUUUCUUUCAAUUCCAAUAAACUCUCAGGGAGAAUUCCGGCCACUGCUGGUCUUCAUCUUCCGAACCUUCGAGGACUUUACUUGGCUGACAAUCAACUCGAAGGGGAUAUUCCUCCGUACAUCACAAAUGCUUCCAAGCUUGAGACAUUGGUUCUAGCCCAUAACUUUUUCACCGGACAUAUUCCUACAAAUAUGGGAAAUCUUCGUGAGCUGCAUAAUUUGUAUCUAGAUAUUAAUCAACUAACCAAUGAACCUAAUAAGAGUGAGCUGUCAUUCUUGAACUCUUUGGUGGAGUGUAGGAUGCUCCGAUAUCUAGAUGUGGGUGUCAACCCAUUGAAUGGUGUUCUACCUAAUGCUAUUGGGAAUCUUUCAACUCUUCUGAAAAUAUUUGAUAUAGGGGAUGCACACAUCAAUGGCCUCAUACCCAGAGGUAUAGGCAAUUUGAGCGCUCUAAUGACCCUAUACUUGGGAAACAACAACUUGAUGGGAAGUAUUCCUUCCGAGAUCAGUAAACUUAAACAACUUCAAGGUCUAAAUCUAACUCAUAAUAAAUUAGAUAGGCAUAUUCCACAAGAAAUAUGCCAUUUAUCUAAUUUGGUUACAUUAGCUCUGGAUGACAAUGAGCUCUCUGGGAUGAUUCCGGAAUGCAUAGGAAAUCUUAGCAUGCUACAAACUCUUCAGUUGGGUUCUAACAAGUUAUCAUCAAAGCUACCGUUGAGCCUUUGGAAAAUGAGUGGUCUUCUCUAUCUAAACAUGUCACAAAAUUCUAUAAAGGGAGAAAUUCCACAAAAUGUUGGGGGAUUGAAGGCCAUUGUAGAACUAGAUCUUUCAAGUAACCACUUUUCGGGAGAGAUGCCAAGCAGAUGUGGGGACCUCGAAAACAUGAAGAAUCUUAACCUGUCGAACAAUUCAUUUUCAGGUACAAUUCCACUAUCCUUUGCUAACUUGAUAAGCUUGGAAAUCUUGGAUUUGUCUGUUAAUUCCUUGUCAGGUAUUAUUCCUAAGUCAUUGGAAAAACUCUUAUACCUUAAAAGCAUCAAUUUUUCAUUUAAUGAUUUAGAAGGUGAAAUACCCCGUGGUGGUGUGUUUGCAAAUUUCACUCCACAAUCGUUCCUAGGAAAUAGAGGUCUAUGUGGAAUGCACAUAUUGGAGGUGCCUGCUUGCCCUAUCACAAAUUCUAGACAACAAUCAAAGUCUAAAAAGCUUGUGCUAAAAGUCGUUACUCCAGUAGUUAUUUCAUCAUUUGUGAUAUUGUUGUUGGUUUUAAUCUGGACACUAAAACGACAAAAGAAAGGAAAGUCUAAAGAUGCAGAAAAUGUACCAGAGAUCAGGACUUAUCAAUUAGUUUCGUAUCACGAGAUUCAAAGAGCAACAAAUAAUUUUGAUGGAUCAAAUUUAAUUGGUGUGGGAGGUUCUGGUUCUGUGUACAAAGGAACGUUAUCUAGUGGAACUGUGGUUGCAAUAAAGGUUCUGGACUUGCAAAAUGAGGACGUAUGCAAAAGGUUUGAUAGAGAAUGUGAAGUGAUGAGAAAUGUUCGACACAAAAAUCUUGUCACGGUAAUCACAACUUGCUCUAGCGAACACAUAAGAGCCUUUGUUCUUGAGUAUAUGCCCAAUGGAAGUCUUGAGAAUUGGUUGUACAGAGAAGAUUGUCACUUGAACCUUCUUCAAAGAGUCACCAUAAUGCUUGAUGUGGCUUUGGCAAUUGAAUAUCUACAUCAUGGUCAUGCCACCUUGAUAGUCCAUUGCGACCUAAAGCCAGCUAACGUUCUUUUGGAUGAAAAUAUGGUGGCACAUGUUUGUGAUUUCGGCAUCUCUAAAAUUUUAGCUGUAAGCAAGUCCAUGGCCCAUACUGAGACAUUGGGCACUCUUGGUUACAUUGCACCUGAAUAUGGCUCAGAGGGAAUAGUGUCCACAAGUGGUGAUGUUUAUAGUUUUGGCAUUAUGCUAAUGGAGGUUUUGGCAAAAAGAAGACCAGCACAUGAAGAGCUAUUCAAUGAAAAUCUUGGCUUGAGGGAGUGGAUAGGACGAGCAUUUCCAAAAUCUUUGAUGGAAGUUGUGGAUGACAACCUUUUCCAUGAGGAAGAACAGAUCAUUUCCUCCAUGAUAGAAUUGGCUUUGGACUGCACAAAGCAAAAGCCGGAAUCAAGGAUAACUAUGACAGAUGUAGUCAAGAGGCUCAGCAAAAUUAAGAACACAUUUUCGAAAACAUAG